CUUCUCCCCGCUCCAUCAACCGAACCCCACGCCACCACGAGCUGUACAUUUCUCAUCAGGGUCGCGGUGAGUUCCUUCCGGAGCCGGGAUGGCGAAGAGCACAUGGGCGCUCAUCUGCCACCUCCACGCCAUUGCCGGGCCGAGCCUGACCCUGAUAUACCCGCUGUACGCGUCGAUCUGCGCGAUGGAGAGCACGUCCAAGCUGGACGACGGCCAGUGGCUGGCCUACUGGAUAAUCUACUCCUUCAUCGCCCUCUUCGAAAUGGCAGCCGAGCAAGUCCUCUACUGGAUACCGCUGUGGUACGAGCUGAAGCUGCUAUUCGUGGCGUGGCUGGUGCUGCCGCAGUUCAGGGGCGCGUCCUUCAUCUACGAGAAGUUCGUCCGGGAGCAGAUCAGGAAGCACGGGGUGAUGCUGCACGAGCACCACGGCCACGGCCAUGGUCAUGACGCCGGCCACACAUCGCACGUCCUGAAGGCUGAGCAUGGCGUGCACUGAGGAGCAAACGGGCCAGGAGAACGUCUGCCUGUCCGCCGACGACGAGCCUUAACCAAACCCGCUGAUCAGGGAUCCCCUUCCGAGCCGGCGUCCUUGUUGAUAUAUGUUGUGAGAUGGUUGGACACAACAUCGGGUUGGGGUACGAUGUACUACCUCUCUUCCUAAAUGUAAGACAAACUGCUAAAACGUCUUACAUUCAAAAACAGAGGGUAUACGUGCUAAUUCGAUGAUCCCUUGUAUAUUUAUAAAUAAAAUAACGAAAGGAUUUGUGUUCUUUGCGAUCAA